CGCGCGUCUUUCAUUGUUUGAAUUUUGUUAGAAUUUUCAAAACAAACAAAAAAAUCAACCUUGAUGGAAACAGUGAAUGAAUUGCGUAAACUUCUUGAUAUUGAUCUUGAAUCAUUAACAAAUGGCGAUUGUCGUGAUCAUAAUCUGAGUGUGAUCAAUCGAAAUUCAGAUCGAUUAAGUCAGUCAUUGGGAACAGCUCUUGUUAGUGGUAAACCGAACGAACCUAAAGCCAAAGUACGAUUCAGAUUGGACAAUGAGAAAUUGAGCCAACAUCAGAAUAUUGUCAAAAUCGUAAGAGAUGAACCGAAACCGAGUCGAAUCGAAAAGCGUCCCUUUCUUCGCAAGGGUGACGGACUGAAACGAUUCGGUAUUCAGAAAACCAAUCUGAAACCGGCGAAUGUUUUUCAGAACGUCGCUGACAGAUCUUCUGUUGAACCGGAUAAAAUCGAAUGUGACAAAUCAACAAUCGAUUAUCAAGACAAAGGGACUGAUCCGAUCGACAGCGACACUCAACUAUCAAUUGCAACUAGCGAUGAGUGGGAGGAUUCGUUCAUUGCCGAAACAAACCAACAGAUUCGAAUGCUCGAAUAUCGAAUCGAACGAUUAUAUCGUUUGAAGGCUACUCUUAUCGAAAUGGAUGACAAUCAGGAUUUGAUGACUAAAUUGAAUUUGGUGGAGAAAAAUCUUGAAGAUAUCAACAACAAAUUCCAUUCUAAUCACAGCCAUGAUGUAGCCGAACAACAUUUCCCAAACGGUGCCUUUCGAACUAUUGAACCUGAUCAAACGAUUGUUGUUAAAUUUGCCAACGGUCAAAUGGAACGUUUAUUACCGAAUGGUGAUAAACAAAUCACAUAUCCGGAUGGUGUGCAAGCCUGGAUCAAACAAAGUGAUCACAGUGAACAGAUUCGAUUGGUCGAUGGCUCUACAUACUGUUGCUACGCGAAUGGCGUACAAAAGCGAUACUAUCCGAAUGGUGAUGUUGAGAUCAGAACCAACACUUAUGUGAAACGAAAAUUCGCCUCUGGAAAAGUAAAGACCGUGUAUUCGAAUGGUUUACAAGAAAUUCUCUACAAUGACGGUCGUUUAUUGUUUAAAGAUGGUCGUGGCCAUAUCCUGGGUGCAGAUUAUCUUUGAACAAAAAAAAAAACAAUCAAACAUGCUUACUUAGACUUAAUGUAUGAUGAUGACAAGAUAAGUUGUAUGAACAGGAGAAAAAAUGGUACGAUUGAUAAGCAGCGAA